AUGUCAGAACUACACAAUCUAAUACUUAUCGUGAUAAUUUUUGGGUUUUUUUUUGUUUUCUUCGGGAUUUUGUUCGGGUUUACAUAUUGCGUCGUUAAAUGUUGUGAUUGUCUUGAUCAUGAACAUAACAACAACGAUGAUCAGGUCCAGCCUGAUCAUGUCUCUAUAACCAUCAUCACGGGAUGUGUUGGUCUCCACCCUUUCGUUCUGCGAUCAAUCCCCAUAGUCGAGUUCAACUCCAAGGACUACAAAGACGUCGUUGAAUGCGUCGUUUGUCUAGCGGAGCUCGCCAACGGAGACAAAGCUAGGGCUUUGCCUAGCUGCGAUCAUUUGUUUCACGUUGCAUGCAUCGACUCGUGGCUUUGAUCACACUCCACAUGCCCUAUAUGUAGAAAGAUGGUUCGUUUGGAGCAACGAGUAACCAGACAGGAACUUGGCCGCGCCGCCCACGAGGGUUUGACCCAAGAUCACGAGCCGACAUCCGAACAUCACGAGCUUCCCACAAAUCCACCUCCUAGGACAGACGAAGAUGAUGGUUGCGGCGGAGCAGAGGAAGGUCCACCGGAUCUAAUGACGGUCGUGAUAGACAUUCCGGCGAAAUAG